GCUGCUUCUACCAGUAGUGUCUCUCGAAGAUGGCGCAGACCCAAGAGAGGCCUGUUCUGUUUGUGUAUUUCUCGAGUGAAUCCAGAUGAGUUUUCUUCGUUGAGGUUCCGUGUCGCACGUCACAGUGGACUCAGGCUCUGAGCACCAUGAGCUCCAACCAGCGAGAAUGGCAAGCUCUCAGAAACCUGCUGAUACCGGUGCAGUAUAAUCACCUAGUCGCGGGGAUCACAGGAGGAGUGACUUCGACAUUGGUGCUGCAUCCUCUCGAUCUUCUGAAAAUCCGAUUGUCGGUCAACGAUGGCCGGCUCAAGUCUCGUCCGUACUACCAUGGCAUCAAGAACGCCAUCAAAACCAUUUAUAAGGAAGAAGGUAUCCGAGGCAUGUACCGUGGAGUGACCGCCAGCUGCAUAAGCGCCGGAGCAUCGUGGGGUUUCUACUUCUAUUUCUACAACUCCAUCAAAAACUGGAUGCUCGACGGGAACAAUCAAAUCACCCUAGGACCCUGGAACCAUAUGUUAGCGGCAGCUCAAGCAGGUUCAAUAACCAUGGUUCUCACAAACCCGAUCAUGAUGGUCAAAACGAGGAUGUGUCUCCAAUACGCCGACCAUUACAUGAAUAUACCAACCUAUCGCAGAUACACGGGCAUAAUUGAGGCUUUCCGUAAGGUCUACAAAUACGAGGGUGUCGGCGGCCUCUACAAGGGUCUCGUUCCCUCGUUGUUCAACGUGUCGCACGGCGCACUGCAGUUCAUGAUCUAUGAAGAAAUGAAAGACUGGUAUUAUGUGCGGACGGGUAACAAGAAGUUGUCGCAUUGGGAAUAUCUGGGUUUCGCAGCCGUAUCGAAACUCAUCGCCGCCUCUGCAACCUACCCGUUUCAACUCGUGCGCGCUAGGCUGCAAGAUCAGCACCAGCAAUACAGCAAGUUGAAGGAAGUCAUCAAGAAGACUUGGAAGGGCGAAGGCAUCCGAGGCUUCUAUAAAGGCAUGACCGCGUACUCACUCCACGUAACGCCGAAUAUAUGCAUCGUGUUCUUGAUUUAUGAAGAGCUUGCCCCUUCCGACUAGACGAACGGAGUGAAAUCGGUGCAGAAGAAGAGACUGUUCCUCGAGAGGUUGUGAAAUCUCGCUCUGACACCUUCGGCUUCGGAGGCGGCCGCGGGUCUCUCUUAGCCCUAGCAAACCAUUUGAGUGUUGUCUCUGAAGUGGGGGGAGCGGUCUUCAUGUAUGAUCACAUUGUGUAGAAGCCAAGC